GGUCCCCUCUCCGUGCUGUUCCCCGCUCGCUCGCUCCCUCUCCUCCGCUCUCCGGCGCCGCCCAGAGGACCCCCCACGCCGCCCUCCCCGCGGAGCUCCGGCGCCUUCCAGCGCCACCCGACGCUGCUGCCCCCGCCGAGGCCAGGCGCCCCCCCGGCUCCCUCCAGCGCUACCCCUCCCCGUGGAGCCCGGUGCCUCCCCGUCCCCGACGCGCGCCGCCCUCUCCCGCGGAGCUCUGACGCCGCCAGGUAGGGUUUUGACCAAGGGGAAACGGAAAGACAUGCUAUUCCUUCCGUAUGAACUGCUGUGAUGCAUUGCCUAAAUUGUGAAUCCACCACGUCUUGAGUGAAAUCAUGGCUCGAAAAGGAAGUCAAAGUAAAAGUGGUCCGAAUCUUGCUUCACCUAAUCGGCAAAAUACAACUAAUGGUGAUAUACUAAAUACACCAGAAAGAGAUCCAGUGCGUGGUGAAGAUCCAAGUGCACAUCUUCAAGGUAAAUCAAAUGGUUCUGGAGGGAACACUGGCCAGAAAACAAAAGGCAACAAGAAGAAUAACAAAAGCAAUGGCACCUCCUUGGGUAAAUCUGAUGACAUAGCUUCACAUAAACAGCAACCAGAAGAUAACAGUACUGGUAUGCAAAAUUCAGAAGAACCUGGGCCACCUUUCAGCAGUACCAAACUAAGAAGAGAUGGCAAGAAAUCCUCACGGCGUGGCUGUGGUAAAAACUCAUCAGUAGAACAAACUCCAUUGCGUGUUUUGACAGAACAAAUCAAAGAGAAGACUAGGCAUGCUACUUCCAUGGCUGCAUCCUUUUUUAGAGCCUCGAUGAUGUAUGUGAUGGAAGAAGGCAAAGUACUGGUUGAGAAAAAUAGGCCAGCUAUCACAGCUUUCAUGGCAAUGACAGAAAAAGGACGUGCCUAUGCCCUCGGCAAAAUGGAGUAUAUUUAUCCUAUUGCUCGGGCCUGGAUGUUUAGUGCUGGAAAGCUGAUGCUGCUCUUGUUGACUGUUUGGUUAGACUGCAACAUAAGGGGCUUCGAUUCUCUGCUUCGUCUGGGGACAAAUUCCCUUAUUGCAGUACUUUGGUGCAGCAUGUUGUCAAUUUUUGCAAUGAUUGGGAUAAAGAAAAUGCUCAUGUUCUUGGUGAUUGCUGCUUCCGUGGUUGCCUUUAUUGGUAUUGGUUUUGCUGUCCUGCUUGUUGCGGUGUUUGCAGUGGUGAUCUUAUGGCUGUAUGGAAGCUUUUGGACAACAAGCAUUGUAGUAAUUGUUGGAGGUGCUUCCUUUUUGUUGAAGCAUGAACGGUUUGCCCUGUUUGUCACCUGCCUAUAUUCAAUGUAUUGUGCAAGAAGCUACAUUGGAUGGCUUGGAUUACUUUUGAGCCUGAAUUUGUCUUUCUUUUCAACUGACGUUCUAGUCCAGUUCCUGAAGAAAAACGUAGACAAUGAAAACGGUUCUUCAAGGAACUCUGAUGAAAAUUCAGACAGAUCAAGCAAUUUCUUUGGGGGAUUCAAGCCAUCAUCAAAAGACAGCAGCUCACAUUCUGGAUAUACUCAACCAUCUAAUCGUGGCCCUGGUGAUCCGUCAACAAGUGGAGCUGAGGAGUUAACCUCUGAAGAUGAAGUGGCACGUUUAUUGAACUGCACCGACCACUAUUCAGCAUUUGGAUUUCGCCCGUAUGAAAUCAUAGAUGUAUCAGUACUCAAGAGAGAAUACAAGAAAAAGGCUAUGUUAGUCCAUCCUGAUAAGAAUAUGGGCAAUGAUAAAGCUGCUGAUGCAUUUAAAAAGCUUCAAAACGCAUAUGAGGUUCUUCUUGAUUCAGUGAAACGAAAGACAUAUGACGACGAGUUAAGGAGGGAGGAGCUACUGAACUACUUCAGGCGGUUCCAGGGUGCUUCUCAAAAGAAAGGAGGACAUGGUACAUUCCAACAAGGGUUUAGCCCUUCUGAAGGUGUUGAUGAAGGACCUUCUGCUCUAUCGAGAAGAAUAGCCUGCAAGAAAUGUGGCGAUUUCCAUCUGUGGAUCUAUACAGGAAGACCUAAGUUGCAGGGCAGAUGGUGUCAGGAUUGCAAAGAGUUUCAUCAGGCUAAAGAUGGUGAUGGAUGGGUUGAGCAGUCAUUUCAACCGGUCCUAUUUGGGAUGCUGCACAAGCCCGAUCUACCUCAUGCAUUUGUUUGUGCUGAAAGCAGCAUUUUUGAUGUCACCGAGUGGUUCAGCUGUCAGGGAAUGAGAUGCCCACCGAACACCCACAAGCCGACCUUCCACGUGAAUGCCAGUUUGGCAAAGCAAGGUAGUGGCAAAGGGAGCACGUCAGGGCCAAGGGGUGGAAUCCCGAACAUGGAUGCAGGAGUCGAUGAGGAGUUCUUCGAAUGGCUGCAGAACGCUAUGCAGUCUGGCAUGUUUGAAGGGCAAGGUGACCCCCCUUCUCCGGGCAGCGGAAGCAAUGCAAGGAAUGGCGGCGGCGGCGGUAGUAGUAACAGGAAAAAGAGGAAGGGUAAGAAGCAAUGGUAACUCGCCUGGACAGGGAGAAGAUAAAUAAACGAUUUUGACUGUAUCCAUGCAAGACAAAUGGCCAGUUGGCCCCAGAUGCAAAAUACUGGCUUGCUCUCAUACCGUCUGACGGGUAGGGUAAGACGCCAUCGAAUCGAACAUCCUGAUCCAACUUGGUAAGGUUUCAAAUUUCGAGAAUCGAAAUUCAGACGUAAAACGAGAGCACUAAUGUGUAUGGCAAAUGCUGGUGGAUAUGUUAUGAUUUACCAUGAGGCCCAAAAAUGUUACCUUAAUUGGAAGAAAUAUAUAUCAUCGUGUCUGCAAA